AUGCAAAUUCAAUUAUUCAUUCAAAGAAAUACAUCAUUUGGCCAUGCCAUUCAAGUUUCUAUUAAUAAAGAAUUAAUUCCAAUGGAAUAUAAAGAUGGGUAUUGGACAAUAGAAACUACUUCAAUAGAGAAUGGAUAUUAUUAUUACGUUGAAACAUCAUCAUCAGAAAUUAUUAGAACAGAAACAUUUCCACAUUUAUUUCCUUCGUUUAGUAAUAAUCAAAUUAAAGUUGAAAUGAGAGAUCAAUGGAAUGAUUCAUUCGAACCAUAUUCUCCUCAGUUUUUCCAAGAAAUAGUCUAUUCUAGAAAACAAGAAGAAAGACCUUCACCUUUAUCACAAGCUGUUGUUAUCCUUAGAUGUAAAUGGCAAAGUGUACCUUCUGGAUAUAGUAUAUAUGUUACUGGUUCAAAUUCAGAAUUUGGUAAAUGGGAUACAUAUAAAGCACUUCAAAUGAAGGCUGUUGGUAUGUCUUGGUGGGAACUAGCUAUUCCAAUAGAAAAUAUUAGAGAGGCAUUUGAGUAUAAAUACUUUAUGAAAAAAACAGAAGUUGUAUGGGAAGAUGGACCAAAUAGAUUAUUUGCACCAAUGUUAGGGUCUUUUAUUGGAUGUAAACGAGCUGUUAUUUAUCAAGAAGAUAUUGUUAAAUUUAUUGGAAGUUAUAAAGCAGCAGGAAUAAAAGUUUGUAUUAGUGGAAUAAAUGGAAAAGGAAUUGGGUGUGGAGAUAUUAAUGACUUAUAUGAUAUUAUUAAAUUUUGUGAAAAAAGUGGAUUAAGUAUUAUAGAAAUUCUUCCAGUUAAUGAUUAUAGUGAUGUUUACUAUACUCCAAGUUCUCUUAAUGCAUUAGACCCAAUGAUAUUAUCAUUAAAAGAUUUUAAAAUAACAAAAGAAAUACAAGAAGUUAUAGAAGGAGCAAAAAGAGAAUUAAAUUAUGAGAAAUGGAUAGAUAGGAAACGAGUAUUAUAUUGGAAGAAUAAAAUCUUUCAUUUAAUUUUUAAUUUAGAAAAAGAACAAUAUAAAACAGUUACAUCAGUGUUAUUUGAAAAACAAAAAGGAGAAAAUGACCUUGAAAUUUUUGUUGAAAAGAAUAGAAAAUGGUUAUUGCCUUAUAUUGUAUAUAAAUGUUGUGGAAUGAAUGGUGUACCAACAAUGGAAAAUUUAAAAAAGUUAUUAUUAAAUAAUACUGAAGAGUGUGUAUUUAAUAUUUUUAUUCAAUUUAAUUUAUUUAAACAAAUGAAAGAAAUUUAUAAAUAUGCUAAAGAAAAACAUAUUGGAUUAAUUGGUACACUUCCAUUUAGUGUUAGUCAUGACUCUGUUGAUGCAUGGAUUAAUUCUAAUUACUUUUAUGUUAAUAAAGAAAUAGUUGAUAUUAUGAAUCGUAAAAAAUAUUAUGGAAUACCAUAUAAUUGGAAUGAAUUAGAAAAUAAUGAAUAUUCAUUAUUUAAAGAACGUAUUGAAUUAAUGAAAACAUUAUUCCCUAUAAUUAAAUUUGACUCAAUUUCUUUCUUCUUUAGAACAUGGGAAGUUGAAGAAAAUGGAACAUAUGGAUGUUAUUGUCCACAAAAUGGAUACACAAAACAAGACUUAAAUUAUAGAGGAAUUAAUGAUUUAGAUAGAUUAACAUAUUGUUAUAUUAGAGAUCAUACAUUAACAUCAUUAUUCGGAGAAGAUAAAGAUUAUGUUAUUGAUAAUUUCCUUGUUGAUAAUAAAGAUGGAUCAUAUAAUUUAUCUGCAUCAUUUAGAAAUGAAAGUCAAAUAAGAAAUGAAUCAGGACUUAAAGAAAAGAGAGCAUCAGAUAGAAAAAUUAUUGAAGGAUUAAUAAAAUUAUUAAACAACGUAAUAUUGUAUCAAGUUGGAGAUAAAUAUAUUCCAUCUCCUUACAUAAAAGAUACUUAUAGUUCUUAUGAUGAAUUAGAACCAUCUAUUCAAGAAAAUAUAAAUAAAUUAUUUGAAGAAUUUUAUGAAAGAAGAAAUUAUCAAUUAUGGAAACAACAAGGAAAAAGGGUAUUAUCUUCUUUUUGUGAUUCUCAAACUAUUUACAUUGGACAAUGUGAACGUGCAUUUUAUGAGGAAUUAAAUAAUCUGAAAAUUAUUACUAAUGAUUUCUUAAGUAUUAACUCUUUAAUUGAAUCAUCUGAAACUCAGACAUUAAGAGCAUAUUGGGAAUAUAAUAGAAAUCAACUUUGGAACCAAUUAAGAAAAGGUGGAAAUCCACCUCAAUUUUGUACUACACAAAUUAUGAAUGAAUUAAUUACAAUGAAAAUGAAUUUACCAUCUAUGUUUGUUAUAUUUAAUAUACAAGAUAUAAUUGGGCUGAGAGACUAUUAUAUUGUGAAUAAAAAUCCUCAUUUAGAAUCAUGGGUAAUUGAUGAUAAAUUAAAGUAUAAAUUAAGUGUUACAACUGAUGAACUAAAUGGAGACUAUGAUCUUCAAAAUACGAUUUCACAUUUAAUAACAAUAACUGGAAGAAAUAUGAAUUAA